AUGCUCGAAAAUUCAGAUGAGUCUUUCUUUAUGGAUAGUAUAAAUCAGUUUGAGCUUAAUGUAGAUUUCGAUUACAAAGAUCGAACAGGACGUAAAUUUUCUUUUGUAGACUUGCUAACAGCACCAAUCGGUAUCCCUGAAGUAAAACUUAUUUAGCUUCCAAAUUUUGAUCUCAAGUUUUUUGACUCCGAAGACAUAAAUUUGCUUGAAUUUAGCUCUCCAAAGAAUGGUCUCGAUGCAAUUUUAACCCCUAUUGAGUAUGAAAAUUUCCCUAUGUGUUCUAUUGAGUCUCAUAAAAAGAAAAAAAUUUCCAAACCCUCUAAAAAUAUUGUCAAUGUCGAGAAGCCUUUAGAAGCAAACCCAAACACUAUAAUAGGCACUAUAACUUUAGAGGAGCGUAGGAAAAAAAUUUUGAGAUAUUUAGAAAAGAGAAAUCAUAGGACAUGGAAAAAAAGAAUUGCAUAUGACUGUAGGAAGAAAGUUGCAGAUAAUAGAUUACGAAUCAAAGGAAGGUUUGUAAAACUAGACGAGGCCAUCGCAAUAUUAGGAGUAGAUCAUCAAGCAGUGCAAGCAUUUUUAGCACAAGAGAAAAGACUGAGUAACGGUAACUAA